CGCCGGGCUAGCGCCUCCGCCCCCGAGCGCCCCGGCGGGCGGAGUUGCGGGUGAGGGGCGGGAUGUUUUGGGGGGCGGGGGUCCCGGUGACGGCAUCGGAGCGCGCCGCGCGGAGGCUCGGAGCCUAACUGCACCGGCGGGGGACUGCUCCCACCCAAGCAGGACCCCACCCUCGCACCAUGGGGCUGGAGACCCAGAGGCUGCCGGCCGCUGAGGAGGCCCCAGUGAGGGUGGGCCUGCGUGUCCGCCCGCUGCUGCCCAAGGAGCUGCUGCACGGCCACCAGAGCUGCCUGACGGUAGAGCCCAAGCACAGCCGCGUCACCCUUGGUCGAGACCGCCACUUUGGCUUCCACGUGGUGCUGGAUGAGGACGCAGGGCAGGAGGCCGUGUACCAGGCCUGCGUGCAGCCCCUCCUCGAGGCUUUCUUUGAGGGCUUCAAUGCCACCGUCUUUGCCUAUGGCCAGACGGGCUCCGGGAAGACGUACACCAUGGGGGAGGCCAGUGUGGCUUCCCUUCACGAGGAUGAGCAGGGCAUCAUCCCCCGGGCCAUGGCUGAAGCCUUCAAGCUGAUUGAUGAGAAUGACCUGCUGGACUGCCUCGUGCACGUGUCCUACCUGGAAGUGUAUAAGGAAGAGUUCCGAGACCUGCUGGAGGUGGGCACUGCCAGCCGAGACAUCCAGCUUCGGGAGGAUGAUCGGGGAAAUGUUGUGCUGUGUGGCGUGAAGGAGGUAGACGUGGAGGGCCUGGACGAGGUGCUGAGCCUCCUGGAGAUGGGCAACGCAGCGCGGCACACGGGGGCCACGCACCUCAACCGCCUGUCCAGCCGCUCACACACUGUGUUCACCGUGACCCUGGAGCAGCGGGGGCGCGCCCCCAGCCGCCUACCCCGACCCACCGCGGGCCAGCUGCUGGUCUCCAAGUUCCACUUCGUGGACCUGGCGGGCUCAGAGAGGGUGCUCAAGACGGGCAGCACAGGCGAGCGGCUCAAGGAGAGCAUCCAGAUCAACAGCAGCCUCCUGGCGCUGGGCAACGUCAUCAGCGCCCUGGGCGACCCCCAGCGCCGUGGCAGCCACAUCCCCUACCGGGACUCCAAGAUCACCCGGAUCCUCAAAGACUCGCUGGGCGGGAACGCCAAGACGGUGAUGAUCGCCUGCGUCAGUCCCUCCUCCUCGGACUUCGACGAGACCCUCAACACCCUCAACUACGCCAGCCGCGCCCAGAACAUCCGCAACCGCGCCACCGUCAACUGGCGGCCCGAAAUCGAGCGCGCCCCCGAGGAGGCGGCGGCCGGCGCGCGGGGGCCCCCGCGCCACCGCUCUGAGACUCGCAUCAUCCACCGCGGCCGGCGCGUCCCCGGCGCCGCCAACGCCCUCGCCCCUGCCGCCGCCGCCGCCGCGCGUCUGGGCGCCGAGUGCGCGCGCUACCGGGCCCGCACCGAUGCCGCCUACAGCCUCCUGCGCGAGCUGCAGGCCGAGCCCGGGCUGCCCGGCGCCGCGGCCCGCAAGGUGCGCGACUGGCUGUGCGCCGUCGAGGGCGAGCGCAGCGCCCUGAGCUCCGCCUCCGGGCCUGACAGCGGCAUCGAGAGCGCCUCCGCCGAGGAGCAGGCCACGCAGGGGCCCGGCGGGCCGACGGUGGCCAAGGGCCAGGACGAGGACGGGGCAGUACAGCUGCUUGCACUGCAGAGCCAGGUGGCCCGGCUGGAGGAGGAGAACCGAGACUUUCUGGCCGCGCUGGAGGACGCCAUGGAGCAGUACAAACUGCAGAGCGACCGGCUGCGGGAGCAGCAGCAGGAGAUGGCAGAGCUGCGGCUGCGGCUAGAACUGGUGCGGCCUGGCUUGGGGGCCCCAGGGCUCCUGCAGGGUCUGCCUCCUGGGUCCUUUGUGCCUCGGCCUCACACAGCUCCUCUGGGGGGUGCCCACAGCCACGUGCUGGGCAUGGUGCCUCCUGCCUGCCUUCCUGGAGACGAAGUUGGCCCCGAGAACUGGGGAGAGCAGGUGACAAAUGGCGGAGAGGCGGGAGCCAAGGUGGAGGCAGAUGGGCCUGGAAGCGGAAGCAGUUCAUCGGCGGAGGAGGAGGGGGAGGAGCAAGUGGCGGAGCCGCCGCGGACCCUGCACCUGCGCAGAAACGGAAUCAGCAAGUGGAGCCAGAGGGUGGGGGCCCGCCCAGAGAGUCCACUCGACAGGAAGGGCCCAGAGCUUACCCUUGAGGAAGUGGGUGCAGCCAUCCUGGGGCCCAGAGUCAGUGGUGGGAGCAAGGCCCCGGCUCGACCCCGUCAGACCCCAGCGGCCAUGGCGUCUGAGUGGCGGCUGGCCCAAGCCCAGCAGAAGAUCCGAGAACUGGCCAUCAACAUCCGCAUGAAGGAGGAGCUCAUUGGCGAGCUGGUCCGCACAGGGAAGGCGGCCCAGGCCCUGAACCGCCAGCAUAGCCAGCACAUCCGGGAGCUGGAGCAGGAGGCAGAACAGGUGCGGGCUGAGCUGAGCGAAAGCCAGAGGCAGCUGCGGGAGCUCGAGGGCAAGGAGCCUCAGGACGCAGGCGAGCGCUCUCAGCUCCAGGAGUUCCGCAAGAGGGUCGCCGCCGCCCAGAGCCAGGUGCAGGUGCUGAAGGAGAGGAAGCAGGCGACGGAGCGGCUGGCGUCGCUGUCGGCGCAGCGUGAGAAGCGGCUGCAGGAGCUCGAGCGGCACGUGCAGCUCAUGCGGCAACAGCAGGGGCAGCUGCAGCGGCGGCUGCGCGAGGAGACGGAGCAGAAGCGGCGCCUGGAGACCGAGAUGAACAAGCGGCAGCACCGCGUCCAGGAGCUGGAGCGAAGGCACGAGCAGCAGCAAAAGAUCCUGAAGAUCAAGACGGAAGAGAUCGCGGCCUUCCAGCGGAAGCGGCGCAGCGGCAGCAACGGCUCCGUGGUCAGCCUGGAGCAGCAGCAGAAGAUCGAGGAGCAGAAGAGGUGGCUGGAUCAGGAGAUGGAGAAGGUCCUGCAGCAGCGGCGGGCCCUGGAGGAGCUGGGGCAGGAGCUCCACAAGCGGGAGGCCAUCCUGGCCAAGAAGGAGGCCCUGAUGCAGGAGAAGACGGGGCUGGAGAGUAAACGCCUGCGGUCCAGCCAGGCCCUCAGCGAGGACAUCGUGCGCGUGUCCAGCCGGCUGGAGCACCUGGAGAAGGAGCUGUCGGAGAAGAGCGGGCAGCUGCGGCAGGGCAGCGCCCAGAGCCAGCAGCGCCUGCGCGGGGAGAUCGACGCCCUGCGCCAGGAGAAGGACUCACUGCUGAAGCAGCGCCUAGACAUCGACGGCAAGCUGAGGCGGGGCAGCCUGCUGUCGCCCGAGGAGGAGCGGACGCUGUUCCAGCUGGACGAGGCCAUCGAGGCCCUGGACGCGGCCAUUGAGUACAAGAACGAGGCCAUCACGUGCCGCCAGCGGGUGCUGCGGGCUUCGGCCUCCUUGCUGUCCCAGUGUGAGAUGAACCUCAUGGCCAAGCUCAGCUACCUCUCGUCCUCAGAGACCAGAGCCCUGCUCUGCAAGUAUUUUGACAAGGUCGUGACGCUCCGGGAAGAGCAGCACCAGCAGCAGAUUGCCUUCUCCGAGCUGGAGAUGCAGCUGGAGGAGCAGCAGAGGCUGGUCUACUGGCUGGAGGUGGCGCUGGAGCGGCAGCGCCUGGAGAUGGACCGCCAGCUGACCCUGCAGCAGAAGGAACACGAGCAGAGCGUGCAGCUGCUGCUGCAGCAGAGCCGAGAUCACCUCGGGGAGGGCCUAGCAGACAGCAAGAGGCACUACGAGAGCCGGAUUCAAGCCCUGGAGAAGGAGCUGGGCCGCCACAUGUGGCUGAACCAGGAACUGAAGCAGAAACUCGGUAGCUGGAGCGCUGCCGGCCCGAGCAGGGUGCCAGGUGCGGAGAAGAGGACGCUGUGCCUGGAGAGUCGACCAGCCCCCGGGCCCGAAGACGAGCUCCCCGCCGCGCCCGAGCUGCUCCGGCCACAGCCCCUCCCUGACGGCGCCCCCCGCGCCCGGGAAGAGGUGCGGGACUUGGUCCGGGCCCCCCUCCCGCUGACUUGGAAACGGUCGAGUCUGUGCGGUGAGGAGCAGGGCUCGGUGGAGGAGGCGCGGCCGCGGGAGGCCCCCGAGCCCCUGGCAGGGCGGGUGCUCUCCGGUGCGGAGGUGGCUCUGCCCUGGAACUUCGGGGUCCUGGCCAAAGCCCGGCGGGACCUGCGCAGAGCCAGCCCAGGAAUGAUUGACGUCAGGAAAAACCCGCUGUAGGCUUGUGGGCAGAGCCUGCCUUGGGGCGGGGGACGACCCUCUGAGCCCCUGCGCAGUUCCGCUGCCUGCCUCUGCUUCUGGGAAGGACAGUCUCGAUUUCCCACCGCAGAUCCAGGUCCUGAUCUUGACCCCAUUGGAGUCUGCAAAUUCUGGCUAUAGCCCAAAUGAAUGGGCCUCAAUUUUUUAAAUAUGCAGACUGAUGCCCCCCUUUACCUUUGAGCUAUGGUACCAUAUUGCCAUCUUUUGGCUUGAGAGUUUGCAAAAGGCACUUCUGGCCUCAAGCCUACGCCUGUGUGCCUGUCGUUCUGGAGUUCAGCCAGAGCCAGACCCAGAACCGUCAGUGCCAUCCGGGUAGGGUUUUAAAUGGUCUUAGGUUUAUGGUGGGAAUGGGGAAGCUUUGCCUAUUUUUAGAGUUUUGUAAAACCAUUUUAUAAUAAAUGAGUGUCUCUGAAAGGAGAAAUAGGAGUUUGACUUGGUUUCACCUACAAGACAAGAGAAUUUGAUCUGAGGACAUGACGGGCUUGAAAGCAUGUCAGACCCCUGAACCAGGGCCAAGUGAGAGCUGUGCCCCCCCCCCCCCCAACCCGUCCUGGGUUGCAGGGCUGACUUGGAGACGAGACACGGCACCAGCCACCACUGGAGCUCUGCCAGGGUAAGUCAAGCUGAGGCCUCGAGGUUUAAACAGAAAGGCACUGAAUGCUGCAUAGAUGGAGAGGGUUUUAUUAGGACGUGAGGAAGUUAAAUUCAUUCUCUGUCGGGCACAGCCUUCAGCUUUGACCCAUAAGGAGCCCUUUCUCCCACUUCCCAAGUGAGGGGGUGGUUGCUGGACUGGUUUUGGUCUCCGAGACGUGAGGGCUAGAAGGGAAGCCUGCGCUGAGGUCCUGGUCUGCCUCCCCUAGCAAGGGGCAGGGCUGGGCGGCAGGCCUCCUGGGAGGGGGAGUAAAACCCGGAAGGGACUCUUGUGGGAAUCACAGAGACCGGAGACCAGGCCCUGGUAGCUGCAGGCUCCUGGGGACCAGGCUGACUUCAUCUUUUGGGCCUCCUCUGUUCAGAGCGCCCCGCUUCUUCCUGUUUCUGUGCAGCCAGCCCAGGGUGACGCGGGACAGAGUAGUCAGGUCCUGGCUCAGAUGAACGGAGUUUCUGGGGUAAGAAUUCCUCUAUGACUGGAGGCCAGAAUUCCUGAAACGGCCAGAGCAAGCACUGGUCUGUCCUGGGAAGGUGGUGGCUCUGGUCAAGCCCAGUGGUGGGUGUCGUAUGAAGUCCCCCACCCAGUUGCAUCCUAACUAGCUUAUCAGCUUCUUCCGGGUGUAAGUUCUGCUGAUGGGGCGUCUCCUGGAGAAUGCUCGGCUGAAAGGAGAUUCCUCGGCUGUCGGGGGGAGGACCUCUAUGUCCUCAUCUAGAACAAGACAGAGGGCAUGCAGGACGUGAGCAUGGAACAGAAAAGGGACUUGAACGGGAGGGGAUCCACAUGCAGAGGAUGUCCCCCCAGCCCUGCCUGCGGCUCACGUGCUGAGGAAGGGCAACCUGCGCUUUCUACUGGGCUGUGCCCUCACGCCAGCACGGGGCGGUGGCGGUUAGUGACUGAGAAAGCACAGUACCGUGGUCUGAAUUCCUUCAGCUGUUUGUACAUUUAAAUUCUCGUCUUGGGGGCCGUGGCCUCCCGUGUUCCUCUACAGUUCUAGAUGUUUCUCCCCUGGUAGUGCACUAAGCACCUGCAAGCCAGUCCCAUCCCAGGUGGGGUUGAGGAAAGGGAAUCCCCAUGUCCAGACGCUGAGCACAACAGCCGGUCUCUAAUCCUAAUCUAAGCACAGAGGUGUGACCCUCCCAGAGGUGUGACUGCCAGUGCAUCACCUGCCACCUGUGCUGCCCGACACACGCUCCUCAGGUGCCCGUGACUACACUGCACAGAGGUCACUCCUUCCAGAAGCUGUUUCAAGACACACUGGAGUUCCAGCAGUGGAGUUUCUCUGGGACGAGCACAGGACCCCACAGGGACAAAGUCCUCUGUCCCAGCUCGGGCACUCCUUCCGACUCCUCCACGAUCCCACUGUCUGGCAACCCUGAGCUACCUCUGGGGAGUCACCCGAAGGACCCACGUAAGUCUCCAGGACCCUCGCUUAACGAGUUACCUCUGGCUUCGUGAUACUGUGAGGAAGGCGUCCUCCUUUGGAACAGCAGCGGAGAGUGGGUGAGAGCCUGCAGGCCGCUGGCUGAGAGGCAGCUGCGCAGCGCCCAGCCGGGUGGGGGCGUGGAAGCUAUGGGAGGGGACAGGGUGAGCACGGUCCCGUGGUACCCCCAGACAAGGGAGCCUCCCGAUGCCUCUGUGCCCAGCACUGCCAGCCGCAACCCCAGGGACACAGACUCACCUGGAAGGAACACCUCGUCGUCGCCCACGGAGGGCAGGUGCUGCCCGCUCCCACGUGGAGAUGGCUCCCUGCUCCUGCUAAGCUCUGCGUCUCCUCUCGGCUCCUCACACGCUCUCUUGGCUGGAACCUCCGCUUCCUCCUUGGCAGGAAGGAGCCUCUUCCUGGAACCCAACCCGAACUGUCCCCAGGAGGCUUCCUCAGCCUGAGGCGCACAGUCCCUGGGAGGUGACUGGUCUGGCAGCCGGCACACCCCCUCAAGCUCAAAAUCCCCCACAAGGGGCGUCCUACUGCUGCCGAGUUCAAGGCCUCGCUCCCUUCUCUCCGGCUCGAGCAGGGACACGCCUGCAAGGUCAGUGCCGCCGCCCACCGCCCUCUUCCUCCGCGGCCAGUCUUUAAUGGUGUCAGGAGUGGUCUUCCCGCUGUGCUUGGGAGACGGGGUCCAGGGAACACCGACGUCUGUUUGAAACGGAGAGGGGGUGCUAGAGGGGCAGCGGGUGGGGGUACAGGACUGGCAGAUGUAGGUCUGUCCCCCGCUCUUGCCGGGGGUGCUGUGUGAGGGGCGAAGGCAGGGGGGCGACACGUAGGUGGCUUCAGGUUUCCCCGAGGCCUUGGUGGCCCCAGACAUGCUGAGUGCAGGGAGGGUGCUCUCCUCUCCCGGGGAUGUCCCCUCCUGUCCCAGAGGCUCGGCUUCGGCUAGGGAGCUGGGGUCUAUCUUUUUAAUCCGCAGCUUGGGCAGGCCGGAAGCUUGCAUCUCCAGCUCCACCUCAUAGGCCUGGGGGCUGCCAGAGGCUCGGGAAGGCCGAGUCGGGGCUUGCGGGUUCUCCAGCUGCGUGGUGGCCUGGCGCUGCCUUCUGUCCGCGGUGCAGCGCAGGGCAUAGGACAGGGCCAGGGGAGAGCUGGGCCCGCAGGAAGGUGGGGAUGGAGCACUCCCGGGGUUGCACGGAGAAGGCUUCUCCUGGGCCACCACUGUCCUUGACGCCUCACCUUCUCCCGCUGGCAUGACGUGGCCGGGCGUGCCGUCGCUGCUGUGGUGCUCUGCCUGGUCCAGGAGAGCGAGCUCGUCGGGGUCACUCGUGACAAGAGGAGAGGACAUACACCAGUCACUCCUGUAGCCCGUCCCAGAAUAACUGUGUCUUUCCGGGGAAGGCUGAGGAGAGAGGGUCACUUCCUUCUGGUUCUUUCUAGUGUCUGUGAGGGCAGCUGGGUUGCCAGCUGUGGGAAUCCUAGGCACAGCUGAGGUGCUCGGGUCCAGGUUAGGGGUUUCUCUCUGCCUUUUUCCAAUUUUGGAAGGGGGCCGAGGGGGCACGGGGUCAGACUGGGUUAUCUGUGAGAUUCGGGGGGGAGUGGAAGGAACAGGACAGGAGAGAGACAAGGCUCCAGUGGGUGCUUUCAGGGGCUCUUCCCAGUCCAGUUCUUCAGGGGGAGGAGAGUCUAUCGAAAAUUCCCGAAAUGGACUCUUGGAAAUCUCACCUAAGGGAGAGGUCAAAAGUUUUUCUAGAGAAAGAGGUGGGGGAGAAGUCAGAUUCGUGCUCCUCGGUGUCUUGGAGACUGAGAGGGCUUCAUCCUUCCAUUUCUGCAUGAGUGCCUCUGCCUGAGGAGGACUCUCCUCAGGGACAUGGGGAUGAUAGUGUGUUGGCUCCGGAGCGGCUUCCUGUAGCGCCCCCGAGGCUGCUGCUCUGGGAGGCGUUAUCAGGGCAGACCCGACGGGAGUCAGACUCUCACUCCUGAUCAGGGCUUCCGGGCCAGAGGGGCUCUCGGGACUGGAAGUCAGUGAAGGUGGCCAAGAACUCAGAAAUCCAGGUGACUGACCCCUUGGCCUUUUGGGAGUUCUUGGCGUCUUCUUUUCGAGAGGAGAGGUUCCUCCUUUUGCCAGGGAUUGUCCUUUCCGAGGAGUGACUUUGGGUUGAGACGGUGAGCCCCAGCUAUGUGAGGAGUCUUUUAAGGACUCCUUAAAAAUGACCUGUUUCGCAGGAGUCACCUCCGUCGGGGGCUUCUGCCGACUUUCAGGGGUGCGCAGUGGCAUGCGUGGGGAAUGAGGGAACCUUCUUGGUGUAGCUUUAGAAGAGCUUGGAGAUUUCUGGUUCCUCUUCUUAGGAGUCUACAAAGAGAUGCUUAUUUCAGUGCCUAAAUACCAUAAUAACCUGUACUCGCUGUUGAGUAUUUUAGUCCUCUCUAAAACAGAAAGGCAGAUGGGAGAUAUCUGGGCAGCCGACAGAAUGACCAUAAGCUGGCUUUCCAACAGUGACACGUUUCCGAUUCCAGCCAUGACCCAGAUUUCACUUGGCUACUUUUUCUAGUGCCAAACACGGAGUCUAAUCUUGGGUCUGGGACAAAAAAAGUUUUCAUCACGUGCACAGGCCAGCUAAACCAGGCUUUGUCUCUAACGACAUAUCCCUCCACUGCUCACAGAUACCUUUCUCUUCAAGGAGACAGCUCCUUCUGAUCUCUGACUUGGUCUCCCUCUGCUGUUCACCUGCGUUCAACAUGUGCCCGCCACGCCCCCACUAUGUGCCAGGCCCCAUGCAGGUGUGGGACGGAGGGUGGAGCGUCGAAUAUACAGACAUAAGGUAUAGACAACAGCUCAGAGAGGAGAUCUCCCUCCCUCCCUUUCUGCAAAACACAGUGACACACUCCCCACAGGUAGAGAUCAGACACCUCUUGUUUCUACAACCUUAUCUGAUUAUCUCAAGGGAAUCCUGGUCGACUGGGCAUUUCACGUUCAAUGAGGCACAGCCAGAGAAAACACGGUGCUGCCAGUGCACAGGCAGGGCCGUGCAUGGGACAAUGUGGGAGCACAAGAGCGGGCCGGCUGUCCAACCCAGCUCGCAGGAAAGGGGACAGGAACAGGGAGUCAGGUCUUUAAGAAUGGGUGUCAGAGGUAGAGGCCGAAGGUGGGGAAGUGGGGAAGAGGGAACUCUUGUGCCUACACUGAACAGCAGCAGCUGCGUGCACUCUGAUGUUGUUGGGAAAGUGGAUUAUUGGUUUGGGGGGGGCGGUGCAAUGGCAGCCCACAGAGGCCCAUGCUUGUCUGGGGAGUACUGAACCUGGCCCUAGAGAUCAGUGGUCUUCAGAAGACCCAUCCUCAGAACUUUGUCCUCCCCCUACCUCUAAGCAGUUUAUUGGGUUUCCAAACAAAUAUUUUUUUUAACACGAGAGUUCCAUUUUAGGAAAACCUAAAACCCUGCUUGAACAAAGAAUGGUAGAGCUUUAAGCGUAGUGUUGCGGUGUGAAAGAUCACUCUGGCCUCUGGGGGCAGGAUGGACGUGAGAGGGAAAAGGAAUGCAGGCAGGAACUGCACAGGAGGGAGAAGAGGGAAUGGAUUAUGAAAUUCAGUCUAUAAAUAAAAGUGGCAGGACGGACUGCUUGGCUCUGUCCCAGAACAGGGAGCAGUCCAGAGUGACUGGAUCGGGCAGGCGAUGUAAGGGAAACAGAGGACUGACCCCUGUGCAUUUCAGAAAGAUGUAUACGUAGCGUAUGAUAAAAAUGGUGGGUGACCCCAACAGACUGGAGGAGAGCACUUCUAUUUUCUCCCCCCGCCCCAGCAACAGCCCCAGCCAGACUGCUGCCUCAUGCCCCCAUGUACCCAAUGAUCAUUCAUCUCGAUCAACCCCACCACCCCUAAAGAGCGAGUAGUAGUGACAGAUCACCUGCUUACUUGUUCAUCUCUGACAGACUCAGUGGGUUUUCUGGGCCAUGUCUCUGUUUUCCCCUCAAGACCACACUUUUUUAAACAUUGAAGAAAUAUUAUACCUGAUAAGCUGUGGGUAUCUCAGAGCCUGGUGGGUUUCUUGAAGAUCUCUGAAUUCGAGCUGAACCCUUCUCUGAGGGACUGACCAUCUCGGACAAUGCCCCGAAAAGCAGCCUCUUGGGAGAAUGAAUACUUUGGUUUGGAGAAUUUUCUCUUUGGCCUGCAAGUCAAAAACAGUGAGUCUUUCUCAGCUCCUGCCCUCCCGAUACUAAGAGAACAGCCAGUCCCUACAAGAUGACAGUUUGACAAUGUUUUAGAGCAAGUGGGAGUGGGGAGGGAUCCCACCUAGUUACGCCAGCAACUACAGUUAUGGCUGCCAUCUUGAAUUUUAAUAAGCUGGUGAAUGAACUUCAGCUCUUAUAUGUUAGGCAAGUAAAACUAUUUGUAAAUAUAAAAGCACAUGACUGAGAUUCCAGACUAAUGGAUAAAAGCAUGAAGGCCAAACCUGUAUCACCUUCUAGCUAGGACAUCUGAGUGUAGAAUGUGAGCACAGGUAGAAAUAAUGGGUAAUUCCUGUUGAAUGGAUAAUUACCCCGUAAGGAUAGUGUGGAUGACCAGCUGUAAUAAUCCAGAGAGAGGACACUGUUAACAAAGGUCCUGGAUUGUUCGUCAUCCUGAACCUCUCAUGGACAUACCUGUUCUACUGCUCUAGCGUCAAGCAAGAAAAUGUCAAAUUUUGUACUUUUCCCAAAAACACUUCCUGCCAAGUAGGCCUAGACUUCUGAAGGCAGAUGAACAAGCAUCUUACCUGACUUUUCUUGCUGGAAUGAGUGAACUCUUUGCACACUUCGAGACGUUGGCUGAGAUCCAGAAUAGAAGGAACCAGAAUUUGUCCUGCUGAAUGACAACUGUUUGAUUCGAGGACUUCGUCUCAAGCUUACUUCUGCAAAACCAGAAUCCCAGUUAGUAUCCAGGGAGAAAUGCAAGCUUUGUACGUUUUCCUACGUAUGUAAUAUCACAUACAAGAUGGAAAUUUGACAAAGAUGGAGACUUCUGAAGUGUCGUAACAAAGCUACAGAGGGUAUGAUAUAUGGCCCCAAAUGGUACAAAAAAAACCAUUGAGCCACUAGACUGUCACCCUCACAAGUCUCAACUGCCAGCCUUUUAACCACAAUGUUGGGUGGGGGGAAAAAAAAGGCUUUGUAUAGUGUGACUUUUGUAAAUUUUUAAAAUUUAAAAAUUGCAGUUUUCUUAUUUAUGUUACAUACAUUUGUACAGAAAUGGCACCUGUAAGAAAAUUAUUAAAACUAAAAUGUAGGGGCGCCUGGGUGGCUCAGUGGGUUAAACCUCUGCCUUCGGCUCAGGUCAUGAUCUCAGGGUCCUGGGAUCGAGUGCCGCAUUGGACUCUCUGCUCUGCAGGGAGCCUGCUUCCUCCUCUCUCUCUGCCUGCCUUUUCACCUACUUCUGAUCUCUGUCUGUCAAAUAAAUAAAGAUCUUAAAAAAAAAAAAAAACUAAACUAAAAUGUUAAACAGUAUUUCUAAGUGGUGGGAUUACGAAGUGACUGUUAAAAUUUUGCUUCUGUUUUCUGAUUUUUAUACAAUAAGCAAAUUACUUGAAUCAUUAAAAAAGGUUUUUUUUUUCUUA